UUUUCUUUGCUGAUAUAUAUAUGUAUACAUAAUUUGUAUAUGUAUUUUCAAUCUGCCCUUGAAUGGAAAUAAAAUAUGUUCUAUAUAUCAUCAUCUUAAGGUUUUCUACAGUACAGGCAUGGAUAAUGAAAUUUAGAUAGAGAGCAAAGGUUCAAUGAGAGAAUACAUUGUAACAAAGUUGUAUACAAACUAAUAAUGUAUAUCGAGUCUAUAUAUAACUGCAACAGACUGGACUACACAACUUUUUACCGGGUGCUUACCUGUAAAUUUAUCACAUUAAUAAAAUGUGUGUCAUUGACCAGUAUAUGUCUGAAUCGAAGCAUUCCUUACUCGAGUUUGACAUAAUCCAGAACUAAACUGCCAUUACUUAAUGAAUUAACAUGUUUUUAACAAUUCAUUGUUCUCCAUCGUUUGAGGGGGGUGGGGGAGGGAAGACAACAUACACUUAUAUCUAUGAUCAUUAUAAUAACUAAAUUUUCGGCAACUUAAAAUUCAUCUCACAAAGUUAAUUUAUAUGAAGAUAUAGUACAUGUUAAUAAUGUAUUAUGUAAUAUAAAUAUCAUACCUAGAAUUUAUUUUUAAAUCAAAAUAAAACAAUAGUUAUGGAAUAAUAGGCAGUAGUUUUAUUUUAUACAAUCUAGUAUCUACACACCUGCCACACAAUAUGUACAAUGCGUUUUUCAUAAAAAAAAAAUCUUUCUAACUAUUCGAUUGAUUUUUGUACCACCCAUUUUUUUCCCUCCACGCUGGAAUUCUUAUUCAAAUUAACAGAUAGGAAACCUAAAUAUUACGCACAAUACGAAAUUGUUUAUCAAACACGCAUCACGGAAAUUCUCUGUCCUCAUUGGUUUGUUGCUUCCAUUGAUAUGAAUAUUCAUUAACAGUUCACAUGUUUGGGGUCUGCGCAAUACGCCAAUACUACUAGACCCUCUAGCGGAUAAUUGCUCAGCCCGCGCAGCGUUCGUCGUUCAACAUUGUAUUCAACCGUGAAACAGAUAUAGUACAGAAGAGCUAAAACACAUUUAAACAACUUUCAUCAUGUCCAUGGAAAUGGCAAAACGGAUCGAGUUGGAGAAGAGGGGUAGAAAACCAUCUGAAAUAUUAGAGUUGAAUUUGGACAGUUGUCGUGCACCCUCCAUAGAUGGUUUGACAGAGGAGUUCUCAGAAUUAGAAUCACUUAGCCUAAUUAAUGUUGGAUUAACAUCAUUAAAAGCGUUUCCUAACUUACCAAAGUUACAAAAGUUAGAACUAAGUGAUAACAGAAUCCAGUCUGGCCUUCAAAACCUACAGGGAUGUCCCAACCUCACUCAUCUCAGCCUUAGUGGAAACAAAAUCAAGGAAAUCGACACAUUAGAACCAUUGAAAAAUUUCAGUGAGUUGAAGCACCUUGACCUCUUUAAUUGUGAAGUGACCCAGUUGGAUGAUUACAGAGAACAAGUGUUUGAACUUCUACCAAAUCUAAAAUUCCUGGAUGGUUUUGACAAAAAUGACAAAGAGGCAGACGAAGAUGAGGAAGAUGGUGAAGAUGGAUCAGAAAAUGAAGAGGAUGAGGAUGAUGAAGACGAUCUUGAUAACGAAGAUGAUGAUGACGAUGAUGAGGAGGGUGAUGAUGAUGAAGAGGAAGAUGAGGAGGAGGAAGAAGAUGAGGAAGGUGUAGAUGAUGAAGAGGUUGGUCUAGACUAUCUCCAGAAGGAAGACAUUGAAGAUGACUCUGAGGGGGAAGACUUCGAUCCAGUGGAUGGAGCAAAUGAAGAAGAAGAGGAGGAGGAAGAAGAGGAGGAGGAUGCCCCUCGAGGGACCAAGAGAAAACUGGAGGAUGAGGAGGAAGGGGAUGACUGAUCCCCGGGGUCCCUCCCCACCCCCAUGUAAAUCCAUGUAUAUUUGUACAGUUACUGAUAAAACCAUGUUGUUUGUUGACUGAUGAUGAUAGCUCAGGUUGCAGCACCUCCACCAUCACACUGAAGAUUCCAGUACGGGCUGAGUGCACUCGAUCUCAUUUGUCCUCAUCUUGAGUGUGCUCAUAUUCUUCUGAUAAUAUACUCUUUCUGAUAUUGAGAGCAGCAUUGGUCAUUCUCAAAGAAGGAUUUCUGCAUAUACAUCUGGACCAUUUGUAAUUGUCUAAUACAGUUUGAAUAACAGAACAAGAGAAAAUCUGACUUCACGCCACUGGAAUCCAUUAAUUUAUGUCUCGUCCUCAUUAAUCAUUAAAGGUUAAAUGUCAUGGAGUGAGUGGGAGACUUUUGAAGUGCUGAAAUUAUAUAUGUAUAGGAUUUACAAAUAAAUACCUUGUACAAUUUAAUUGGUGUAUAAUUUGCUAGACAAGGAGUCGUUAAUAGUGGUGUAGUUUAAUUUAAGUUUUGCCAAAGAUGGAUUUUUUUUUAAAAAAAAAAUGUUCGUAGUCUAUUUAUAGUGUUUUAAGAUUCUGCAUUAUGUCACAAUUUGGUUUCUUAAAUCCUUUGCAUGUAUGUUAAAAUAAAGUGUUCAUGCACAUGAAGGGGGUGCGAGAUUAAUGUUGAAAAUUGUCUUGACUGAAAGUGAAAGUUGGAAAGGAUUUGUAUCUUGCAUGAAAUACCUUGUCAGAAGUUUUUAAAAAUCUUUUUAAAAUAUAAUUUUAUUGCACAAUUGACUACAUACAGUACAUAUCUAUGAACUUCACUGCCUGUUUAUUCUGUCAAGUAAAUUUGCACUGAUAAUGACUGCAGCAAUGAUUAAUGAAGUAAUGUAUAUUUUAAAAAAACUGUCGGUUUUGUACAUCAUCUCCAUAAUAGUAACAAUUUCAUUGUAAAUGACAUAAAUAUUAGCGGUUAAUGUGUUUUUUUGAAGCAAGAGAAAUAACUCUUGCAGCAUCUUGAAAAAAUAAAAGGUUUUUACAUUGACA